CCCCGCGGGGCGGAGCGGGGCGGAGCGGGGCCGCCGCCGGACCACGCCGUCAGACCGGAGCAUCGCCAUGUGGCCAUACGCGCUGCUCUUCCUCGCCCUCCUCCUCCUCCUCUUCCUCCUCCUCCUCGCCCGGCUCCUGCGGGGCGCGGGCGCCCCCAGCCCCUUCGCCGCCGACGCCCGGCGCCCGCCCGCCCCACUCGUCACCGACAAGGCUGCCCGCAAGACGGUCCUCAAGGCAGUUUUCUCGGCAGAUAAAGUCCCCGAGAGGCUCGAUGCCAUCGUGGUGGGCAGCGGCAUCGGGGGCCUGGCAGCUGCUGCGCUGCUGGCGAAGGUGGGCAGGCGGGUGCUGGUGCUGGAGCAGCACGGGAAGCUGGGGGGCUGCUGCCACACCUUCAGCAAGAAGGGCUUCCAGUUCGACACCGGUAUCCACUAUGUGGGGCAGAUGGAGGAGGGCUCCAUCGUCCGCUUCAUGUUGGACCAGCUGACGGAGGGGCAGCUGGAGUGGGCUCGGCUGCCAGCUGUCUACGAUGCCGUGGUUUUGGGGGAGCCAGGCGGCGGCAGAACGUAUCGCAUCUAUUCGGGGAAGAAGGAAUAUUUCCAAGGCUUGAAGGAGCAGUUUCCCAGGGAGGGGGCUGCUAUUGAUGAGUUUGAGCGGCUGGUGAAGAGCGUCAGCGGCAGGACCGUGCUGUUGGGCUUCCUGAAAAUGAUCCCCCGGGCGCUGGCAACGCUGCUGUGCCGCUCGGGGCUGCUGCCGCGGCUCAGCCCCUUCUUCCAGCUGACAUCGCGCAGCCUGAAGGAGGUGGUGGACGGUCUCACCACUGACCACGAGCUCAGGGCUGUCUUCAGCUACAUCUUCCCCUCAUACGGUGUGGUCCCCUCCAAGGCCAGCUUCUCCAUGCACAGCAUCCUGGUGAACCACUUCCUCCGUGGCGCCUGGUACCCCAAAGGUGGGGCUGGAGAAAUUGCCUUCCACAUCAUUCCCGUUAUCCGGAAAGCCGGAGGCAACGUGCUGGGAAAGGCGCCGGUGCAGAGGAUCCUGCUGGACUCUCAGGGCAAAGCCUGCGGUGUGAGCGUCAAGAAAGGCCAAGAUUUGGUGAACAUCUUCGCUCCCAUUAUCAUUUCAGACGCUGGGGUCUUCAACACCUACGAACGGCUGCUGCCGGCGGAGGCGCAGGCGUUGCCUGCGAUCCAGUCUCAGCUUCACAUGGUGACGCACGGCGAAGCGGCUUUCACUGUCUUUGUAGGUCUUAAUGGCUCAAGGGAAGAGCUGGGGCUGGAGCCCACCAACUACUUCAUGUAUGCAGAAGAUAACCUGGAUGAAAUAACGAAUCGCUACCUGGCUUCUUCCAGGGAAGAAGCUGCCAAGAACAUCCCUCUCCUGUUUGUCACCUGCCCGUCAGCCAAGGACCCCACCUGGGAAGCAAGGCACCCAGGUAAAUCCACGCUGGCCAUCGUGACCUUCGCCAAAUACGAGUGGUUUGAGGAGUGGAAGGACAAACAGGUCAAUAAGCGGGGAGAUGAUUAUGAGAGGUUGAAGACCACCUUUGUGGACACCAUCAUGCAGGUUGUCUUCAAGCUCUACCCUCGCAUCGAGGACAGGAUCGAGUACAUCGAGGGAGGGACGCCCCUCACCAACCAGCACUACCUCGGCAGCCCCAGGGGGGAGCUCUACGGCAUCGACCACAGCAUCGCCCGCCUCCAAGCUGAAACCAUUGCCACCCUGAGGGCGCAGACGGCUGUCCCCAACCUCUACCUGACAGGGCAGGAUUUGUGCCUAGGGGGCUUCGUGGGGGCCCUGCAAGGAGCCUUCAUCUGCGCCAGCGCCGUCCUCAAGCGCAACCUCUACGUCGACGUGGCAUGGCUGCAAAAGCGCACGCAGCCCACCAACGUCAAGAAGAGGGACUAAAGCCCGCCAUCCCACCAGCCAGGACCUCCCUUCCCCCCAGCCCACUGGAUCACCCCCAGUGCCUUAUUUUUCAGCUGUCGAUCACCGUAGCACAUCCUUCUUUAAUGUAAAGUCAAAGGGUUACAGCCCAGGAAGACGCCAUUCCCAUUUCCAGCAAGCUUGCCUUGGACCUUACCCACCUAGAGCUCACCUCAUUCCACCACGAUGUCCAUCACUAGCAAGGAAAAGCCAGCGCUGAUCCCUGGCCCCCCUUUUUGAGGGCAAACCCCUUCUCCUGGCGUAGGAAAGAGGAGCUCCAGGAGCUGCCAUGUGCAGCAGUGGCCAGCAUAGAACCCCCAAAACCAGGCUGCAGCUGCUUCUACCAGCAACGCCCGUGGUCGCUUGAUGCCCACCAGAGUCUGACAGCUGCCGGCACCAUCUGGAGAGCAUCAGCCUUCACCUGCAUCCCCCAGACCCACUGGGCCGAGGGCAGCGAGCCCGCCGGCGGUGCUUUUCCCCUUUGAGAUGGCAGCUUUGGCACCGAGUCGGGCUCAUAAAGCUCCACAUGGGACGCAGCAGCCCCGGGGGCCGCAGAGGCAGAGGAAGCAGCACCUCCCCAAGACAGGGCUGGGCACAGGCUUGCCCAGGUGGUGUCAGGCAGGGUCAGUAAACCCCUGCCAGCCGCUGGACGGGCACCGGCUGCGUUGGAGCAAUGGGAAAUCACACCGGCCUAAGCCCCAUCGCCGUGUUUUAACGAAGACACCUGGGAGAAGAGGCUCACAGGCACGGUCCCUGGGGGAGGAACCAGCUCCUGCUCAACAGGGAGGUGGAGCGAGUGGGUUCUUCUGGCUUGCCAAGGCCAGGCACGAAGGCUGGAGCGAUUUAAGCCAGGUUAAGAGCUAUGUAGGAGCAAUGGUUCCUGGUAGCUGUGGACCAGUGUGCUCCGCAACGCUGUGACGUUUCAGUGCUGCUCUACCCUCCAUCGCCCAGGGACGUGUGAUGGCACAAACAGCCACUCCUUCAGCAAUUAAAAAAAAAUAAUCUAGCCUUUCUGUCUGCUGGGAAAAGCUUGGGAGCAUGAUCAAAGUCCUCUCCAAAGGGCAAGGGAAGCACGUGAGACCAGAAAUAAAUGAAAAAAAAUAACCAUCAUCUUGUGAU